GAACCUGGAGCAGCAGAAGCAGAAUUUGCUCGUCUUGGUGCAGUGUUGGUUCUCAAAAAGUUCUACACAUAUCACUCUCCAGAUCCCCUUUUUAUCCCCAAGGAAGGAUGGGGUUCUCCUGACAGUGAAAUCCCAUUGCCUUCUUGGCUCUCGAAAGAUGACAUCAAAUAUUAUGCUAGCAAAUUUGAGAAGACUGGUUUUACAGGAGGACUGAACUACUAUCGGUGUUUAGACUUAAAUUGGGAGCUUACAGCACCAUGGACUGGGGCACACAUAAAGGUACCAGCAAAGUUCAUUGUGGGAGAUGUAGACCUGACUUACCAUGCACCUGGAGUCCAGGACUACAUACAGAAGGGUGGUUUCAAGAAUGAUGUUCCAUUACUUGAGGAAGUAGUUGUAAUGAAAGGAGUAGGCCACUUCAUCAACGAGGAAAAACCACAUGAAGUUACCGAGCAUAUUUGCAAAUUCAUCAAGAAAUUCUGAUUUGCAAUUAUACUUUCUUUAAGCUCAUGCAGUCAUCUAUGUUGCAUAUAAAUAAAGCAAUUCUGUCCAACAGCUGUGGAAGCUGUUGUGCUAUUGUAUAUCUAUGUAACUUGUGUGCAUUUGUUUUGGUCUCGGUGGAUUUUCUCUUGUUUUUAGCAACUGAUUGGUAAAAGAUGUCGCUGUGGUGUGAAUUGUUGGAACCGAUCAUUAAAUAUAACUCACAGUGCAUGUUUUAUGAGUCGC